AUUUUUGGAUCUGCAGCGCGCGCUUGUGGAUUCUGCGCGCGACAGGCUGUGCUCGGUCGGAAAGUGCUUUUCACAGCGUUUUCACAGCGCGUACAGAACCUGUGCAUCGCGAUCCAGCGCUCUGCGCGCUCUAUGGCCCUGGUGGAUUCAGAAGGCAUGAGGUCGCUGUGCCCCCACGGCAGCGAUUGUGGCGGCGGCCGCUGCCUCGGAGAAUGGCUGAAUAAAAACGUAGCGUCGACGAGGCACCAGGAGGUGCUCGACGCCGCCGAUUGCAUCGACGACCUCGUGGUCGCGGACGACGAGGCGGAGAUAACGGACACGCUCGGGCUCGAUUCGUGGGCGCCCCUACCGCGGCGGCGAUUCCUCAGGGCAUGGCGGCAAUUGAAGGACGAGUCGCAAGGUGACGCCCCACCGGCGGCCGCGGCGCCGGCCGCGCCGCCGGCCGUGGUGGCGCCCGCGGCGCCGCCGGUCGCCGUGGCGCCGGCCGUGGCGCCCGUGGUGCCGCCGAUCGCUGCGGCGCCAGUCGUGGCGCCGGUCGCGCCGCCGGCAGCGCCGUUGGUCGCGCCGCCGGCCGCGCCGCCGCUCGUGGCGCCUGCAGCGCCGCUGGCCGCGCCGCCGCUCGUGGCGCCUGCCGCGCCGCCGGCCGUGACGCCGCUCGCGCCGGCCGUAGCGCCGGCCACUCCUCCGGUCGCCGUGGCGCCGACCGCGCCACCGGCCGUGGCACCGGCCGUGGCGCCCGCGCCGGCACCCCUGCGCGUGGCGGUGCAGGUGGGCACGAGCAAGUUGCCCUUGAAGGUGCCGCGGCAGGCGGGCGGCACGGUCGACGACCUGUGUCGCACGAUCUCCCGCGCGAUGCACCGCGGCGACGAACGGGUCGUAUUGUCCUGCAACGGGUAUGACUUGCACCCGACCUUUUCAAUCGAUCUGUUGGACACCGACAACGUCGACGACAUCGUCGCGACCUUCGCGUCGGAGGCCGCGCCGCCGGCAGCAGCGCCGGUCGCCGCGCCGCCACCGGCCAUGCAAGCGCCGCCUCGCGCGCCGCCGCCGCCGUUGCCGGCGGCCGUGCCGCCCGUCCGAGAGCUCGAAGAGGCGCCGCCGCCGCUGCCGCCUCCUGACGACGACGAGACGACGAUGACGAGCCGCCGCUCGGACUCCGAGUCUGGCGCGGAGCAGGCGGUUCCGCCGGAUCAGGCCGCGCAGGAGGCGCCGGUGUGGUUUCCGCCGGCGCCGUCGCCUCCGCCCUCACCACCCGCGGCGCCUCUGCCGCCCGCGGAGCCGCCCGUCGCCCAGACGCAGAUCGCCGCGCAGUCGCCCGCCGCGCCGCCGCCGGCCACAGUCGCCACGCAGCCGCCAGCGCCGGCAAAGUCGCACGUCGCGUCUGCGGCGUCGCCGUGGGUCGACGUCUGCACGGAUUUGUUGGCGGCGAUCGAGAAUCAGAAAGGCAUCAUGGGCUUCCGCAACCGGCUCGUGAAGGCCGGCUUCCGCUGCGGCCAGCCGAUCGUGAAGUGUAGUAAAGGUGGUUACUACGAGAUCUCCGUGCCGCUCACCUUCCCCUGCUGCUACGACGUCGCCGGCAAGGACUACGCGUCGAACCAGGACAUGCUGCGGUCGAAGCCCCAGCUCGUCAAGUACUUCGAGGGCUGCAUCGCCCUCGCGCAAGCUGGUGGAGCGUACCGCACGGAGGCCGACCGCGAAAAGGACGAGGGCGAGGACGCGCGGCGCGCCGCGCUGGAGAGCGACGACGACGACGCCCCGCACGCGCCGCCGCAGCCGAUUGUGAGGGUGCCGCCGCCGCCGCGGAAGGCCACGGGCCAGGUCGAGGAGUUCAAGGUCGGUGACCGCGUCAAGGCGCUCUACCAGCGGGGACAGCGCUGGUACCCCGGCCGCGUCGUCGCCGUGAACGUACAGCAUCGAUCGCUCGGAGUGUGUGACCGCUCGUACGACAUCGAAUACGACGAUGGCGAUGAGGAGUCGAACGUGCGCCCGGCGCUCAUGCGACGCAUCAGGGCGCCCGCGGCCGCGCGACCGCCGGCUCUGCCCAAACCGCCGCGCCGGGCCGCGGGUGGCGCGGCGGCACGGCCGUUUCAACCGGAAGAGGACAGCGAGGGCAAGCCCGCGGCGCCCGCGCUGGCGCAGACGCCGGCGACGCCGCGGCCUGCGGCGCCCAAGAAGCGCCCGCGCUCCCUCGACCUGGGCCCCUGCCGACCGCGCUCCCAGGGGCCGAAGAGCCUCUUCGCGCCGCCGACCGGCCCGCGCCGCGCCAUCAAGCGGGCCCGCGCCGAAGAGCCCGAGUUACUCUUCCGCGAAGGGGACUCGGUGUGGGCCCUCGAGCGCCCCGACAUCAAGGAGGCCGCCCACGGGACGGUCGUCGAGGACGUCCCCGUCGGCGCGACGACGGGCCGCGUCAAGUGGGACAACCCGGCUUACCCCGAGGCGGAGCUGCCGAUCGCGCAGAUCGCCCCGGCGCGCUCCGGGCGCCGCUCGUCGCGCUGAGCGUUCCUCCAUCCCCACCCUGUCUGUAACGACGUGAACACAUAA